GUGGCAUGGUGAGACUAAAAGUCUGGUGAGCUAUGGAACUCAAGGCCAGGAGGGAAGUCGUUCCCUAUAAACGCUAACCCAAAAAUACGCAUUCUUUUGCAUUUCAUUUCUCUCUCUCUCUCUGUGUUUGUGUCUGUCUUUCUAAAUUGUCAUCGUUAGAGAGAAAAUAGACAUAUAUGAUGAGUGAGAGUAAUAUAGAAGAAAUGGGCGUUCGUUCUCUGGUAAUGGAAACACUAAGCGAGAAGGUCACAUUCAUGAGGGAGUCUCUGCAGAAGAGCCAAACCUUCACAGACAACAUGGUCACCAUUCUUGGCUCUUUUGACCAUCGCCUCUCUGCCCUUGAAACUGCCAUGCGCCCUACUCAGAUAAGGACGCAUUCGAUUAGGAGGGCACACGAAAACAUUGAUAAGACACUGAAGGCUGCUGAGGUCUUUUUGGCCCAAUUUGAUCUUUCACGCCAGGUUGGUUGUUUGUUGUUCUGUCUCUUUUCAUCAUCAAUUAUAUAUAUCUAUCCGGUUUACUUCAUCCAAAUAAAAUCUUGGAUGGUUUGGCAUAAUACCAUACUGAAUUUGUACAUUUAUAUAUAUUGUCUCUAUUAUUGUCAAUAA